ACACGCGUAAGUACAUGUGUUUUUAUCAAUAUGUUGGUACUUUUCUGUUCUCCCUGGCGCGCCAUCGCCCUGGCCCGUCACAGAUCGGCUUCACGACGGACCCGCGCUCGUCGCGCUCGUCCCCGUACUGCACGGACGUGGCGCGCGUCGUCAACGCGCCCAUCUUCCACGUGAACGCCGACGACCCCGAGGCCGUGACGCACGUGUGUCGCGUGGCGGCCGAGUGGAGGAACACGUUCCACAAGGACGUCGUCGUCGACCUGGUUGGCUACCGCCGGAAUGGCCACAAUGAAGUUGACGAGCCCAUGUUCACGCAGCCGUUCAUGUACAAGCGGGUCGCACGGCAGGUGCCUGUGCUCAAGCAAUACUCUGAUGCCCUCAUCAAGGAAGGGGUCACCACGGGCCAGGAGUACGAGGUACCCGGGUUAUGAGAUCGUUUUUUUUUAGGAGUCACGUCUGGCAACGGGGGAGAUCUCAAAUCCUAGGUUUAUUGUAUCUCCUUGCAUUUCCAUGAAUUGUCACAAUCCGAGGUCGCAAAUGUGUUGCAAGAUUUUAU